GGCGGCGGUGCCGGGCGGAGCUGGCGGGGCCUGGCGGGAGCGGCGCGCGGGCGGCGGCUGCGGGCGGCGCCCCCCCGGGGCAAUAUGUUCAAGAGAAUGGCCGAGUUCGGGCCUGACUCCGGGGGACGCGUGAAGGGCGUCACCAUCGUGAAGCCGAUCGUGUACGGAAACGUGGCGCGGUACUUCGGGAAGAAGAGGGAAGAGGAUGGGCACACUCACCAGUGGACCGUGUACGUGAAGCCUUACCGAAACGAGGAUAUGUCAGCCUAUGUGAAAAAAAUCCAGUUCAAGUUGCAUGAGAGCUAUGGGAACCCCUUGAGAGUUGUUACCAAACCACCGUAUGAAAUCACCGAAACAGGCUGGGGUGAAUUUGAGAUCAUCAUUAAGAUAUUUUUCAUUGAUCCAAAUGAAAGGCCUGUAACCUUGUAUCACUUGCUGAAGCUUUUUCAGUCCGAUACCAAUGCCAUUCUGGGAAAGAAAACUGUAGUUUCUGAAUUCUAUGAUGAAAUGAUAUUUCAAGAUCCUACUGCAAUGAUGCAGCAGCUGUUAACAACGUCUCGUCAACUAACGUUAGGUGCUUAUAAGCAUGAAACAGAGUUUGCAGAUCUUGAAGUGAAAACCAGGGAAAAGCUGGAAGCUGCCAAAAAGAAAACUAGUUUUGAAAUUGCUGACCUUAAAGAGAGACUAAAAGCAAGUCGUGAAACCAUCAACUGUUUAAAGAGUGAGAUCAGAAAACUUGAAGAAGAUGAUCAGUCUAAGGAUAUGUGACAAGCAUUGACUUGAUACAAGAGCCUAUACUGAAAGUGGAAGGACUUCUUCAAUCAUGACAUUGUAUGCGUUCUCUUCAGUUCUGUAAAUGAGACUAUGCAGAUGUCACUUGCAGGUGAUUGAAGUGUGUGACUUGACUUCAUACAUGGAAGAAGAGGAAGGUAUCCUUGGUUUGUAGGUAAAAUCUGUGGAUACUCAACAGUUUAUUUCUGGUAGAAGGUGUCUUGGAGACCAGGCUACUUGUUUGGUUUUGUUUGUUUUUAAACUGCAUUUGAGUGGUAUAUGAAAACUUAAUAUUAAGUCUCGUAUUAGUUCAAUGUGAUUUCACAAAAUGCAGGUGUUUACUUUUUUACUUGGUUUUGUAUUGAUGGUUUAGAGAUGCAUCUUUAAUGCUAAAAUAAAAUAUGUGGUUUUUUAGUA